CUAUCUGCCGUCAGCGCUGACGACGACUUGACCACUUCGGCGCCGCCGUUGUCUUUGUCUGAACCAGCUCCUGAUACCGAACAGGAAAUACCUGAAGAAGAACCCUCCCAAGAUACUCCCGUAGAUCAUCUUAUCUUUGUUAUUCAUGGCAUUGGUCAGCAAACUGAACAGUACGGCCACUUUUUCGAACACAGUAUUUGAAAAUCUGCAAGAAACCACCCGUCAAGUCUUGCAAGCCAAAGUACCAGACCACAGCGUACGAAUUGAGCUGGUUCCUAUUGAGUGGCACCGACAUAUCCACGAACAAGUGGACCCCAUUAUGAACCAAAUCACGCUGAAAUCGAUUCCUACCAUUCGUUUGAUUGAAAACGACUACCUGGCUGACGUGCUGUAUUACUUUUCAAAAGACCGUGGACAAAACAUUGUGGAUAACAUCACCAACCUGUACAACACCUCUUACCACAACUUUCUGGAAAAACAUCCGAACUUCAAUGGCAAAAUUGCUAUUCUGGGCUAUUCUUUGGGUGGCGUCAUUACGUGGGAUAUUUUGUCGCAUCAACGCCAACCUUCUGGACCCGACGAAGAAGCGGCUUACAGCCGACUGGACGUCAACUUUGGAAAAUUGGACUUCAAACCAGAUUUCUUCUUUGGACUGGGGUCUCCUAUCAGUGCGGUGCUGACCUUUCGAAAUCAGUCACCAAAGUACUAUCAUCCAGAUUUUGACAUUGUUAUGGAAAAUCUGUUUCACCCCUUUGACCCCCUGGCGUACCGCUUUGAGCCUUUAUUCAAUGAUUAUUUUACAGAGCAAUCGGCCGUGCUGGUCAAACGGGCGGUACCUAUUGGACCUUCGUUCUCCUUCCCUUCCAUGCCAUCAUUACCCGGAAUUGGAUUCUUGUCACUGUUCUCUUGGAAAUUUUCUUCCAAUCCAGUAGCCGAACCUACAGGUGCCGCCCUGAGUAACGCAACCGCCGCCGCAGCAGAAGGAGCCCAAGAAGCGCAACGUGGUCUUAAUAAAUCAAAUCAGAAAAAGAAUGAAAAAGAAGGGUCGACUAUCCAAACGUCAUCCUCGAAUACCAGUAUUCACAGUGCUCCACAACAAGAGCAAGGCAGUAUCAUGUCGUCUGUAUCAAACUUUUUACAGUACUUUACUCGCGGACGAAGUGCGCAGGAUCAGCCGCCGUUGCAGGAUGGCGAGAAUACCGCGGUCGAUAACAAUAUUGGUAUCAUUACCUGGGAUCCUUUGCGCGAACAGACUCGGGAACAAUUGCUCGCUCUUCGCGAUGACCUCGACAGAACAUUGAAUGCCAAUAUGGAUAAAUUUGUUCCGUCGACACAUGAUUUUUCACGUGGUAUACCGAUUGACAACCGGCCGCAAUUGCCCUCGCGAUCAAAAACGUAUGCUGUAUCCCAAGAUUUGCAUCAAGAUGACCUCUAUUCGUUCUCUUAUCCCAAAUCGGGCGAGGACCAAUUGCGAGAACGAUCAGUCGACGACACCUUACUUUCCGGCAAACGUCCCGUGACCCCUCAUCGAUCGGUGAGUACGCAUGCUCGUCAUCAUCUUGUGGAAGUACUGGGCAUCGACGGCGUGCGUAUGGAAUCGUUGGAACGAGCACGGGCCAAUUUUGGUCAAUGGGGAUCGAAAUCGGAUGCAUCGGUACCAGAGAUCAGCAUCGCAUCUCCGGUCCCGAUGGAUGACGAUUCAGCAGCAAGUCAUGCGGAAUCCAAGGAAGCGAGAGAUGGGGCAAACGAAGCCGACACGAGUAGUACCGGGGGCGAAGCUGACAGCGCGCUGAAAGAGAGUAACACCAAGGCGGAACGAAGACAGGACAAGAAGGAAGAAGAGGCAUCCGGCUCGGAUAAUAUUUGGGCGAACCUGAAUCAAGAAAUCCACGAACCAGGACCGGCCGUGAUGUCGCCUGGGGUGUCCAAAGCCGACGUGGCUCGUGAUGCAACGCGUGGCAAAAGGUCAUCGAAAACAGAAGCAGAAGAGCAAGGUAAAACGGAAGAAGAAAAGGAAAUGGACGAGAAAAUCCAAUUGCAGCAAUUGCCGGGUGGAAGGCGGAUGGAUUACGUUCUUCAGCCUGAAAGUUUCAUGAGCAUGAUUGCCAAUGAAUAUCUGGUGGGAUUGCGUGCACAUUUCUCCUACUGGACAAACAAAGAUCUUUUAUGGCACAUCCUUGGACGACUUGAAGUUUUGGAAACGGAACAAUCCAAGGAUUCCUCUUCGGAACGCAACUCGACUACUUCACCGCCGCGCUCCAGAAAUCCUUCCGAAACCUCCUCUACCACAAGCAAUGUCAAGACGACGUUUUCAUCCGGUCAACAGCCACAAUCGAGUACAUCUUCCAUUCAGUCUGGAAAACACUCGGUAACAUCCUCUGUCGGUCGCGAUUGGUAAGGCCGACCUACCAGUAGAGAUUUAAAUGUAGCAACAACAACAACAACUACAAGUGACUUUCUUUCAUCCUUGCUAAUAAUCCUAUUGCUGUCAUUAGAAGAAAAGAAAAAA